UGUCCGGCUGUGGCAACUGCGGCCAGACAGAACACGGGCAAGCGUGAGGGAGUGAGCUAGAGAGGGAGAGUGGAAGUUACCCAUCCCAGGUCAAUAAUUCAAUUAUCAGAGUCAAAACACAUAAGGAUAUUGGAAGACAAAAACGCAGUGAAUUUGGGGAAAUACAAAUACUUAGGACGCGAUGAUUACCCAAAUAGAGACGACGGUGCAUUAUGAUAACGGAUUCGGAGAUGAGGAGGACUACAUGAUACAGGAUGAUGAGUGGGACAGGGACAUGUUACUGGACCCUGCCUGGGAAAAACAGCAAAGAAAGACCUUCACAGCUUGGUGUAAUUCCCACCUGAGGAAAGCAGAAACACAGAUUGAGAACAUUGAGGACGACUUCAGGAAUGGCCUCAAACUCAUGCUUCUCUUGGAAAUUAUUUCAGGUGAGAGGUUACCUAAGCCUGACAGAGGGAAGAUGCGUUUUCACAAGAUUGCCAAUGUCAACAAAGCCCUAGACUUCAUCACCAGCAAGGGAGUGAAACUUGUCUCUAUUGGAGCUGAAGAAAUUGUGGAUGGUAACGUUAAGAUGACUCUGGGAAUGAUAUGGACCAUCAUCCUCCGCUUUGCAAUCCAGGACAUCUCUGUAGAAGAAACAUCUGCAAAGGAAGGCCUUCUCUUGUGGUGCCAGAGAAAGACUGCCCCCUACAGAAAUGUCAAUGUCCAGAACUUCCACAUUAGCUGGAAGGACGGACUUGCCUUCUGCGCCCUGAUUCACAGACACAGACCUGACCUUAUCGACUAUGCUAAGCUCAACAAGGAUGAUCCUAUGGGGAACCUGAACCUGGCCUUUGAAAUAGCAGAGAAGCACCUGGAUAUUCCCAAGAUGAUGGACGCAGAAGACAUCAUCAACACUCCUAAGCCUGAUGAGAGAGCUAUCAUGACCUAUGUGUCCUGCUUCUAUCAUGCUUUUGCUGGAGCUGAGCAGGCUGAGACAGCAGCCAACAGGAUCUGUAAAGUGCUAGGUGUGAACCAGGAUAAUGAGAAACUUAUGGAGGAAUACGAGAGGCUGGCCAGCGAGCUACUGGAGUGGAUCUGCCGGACCACCCCAUGGCUAGAGAACAGGGCCGCAGAGAAGACCAUGGUUGAGAUGCAGAGGAAGCUGGAGGAUUUCAGGGACUACCGCCGCAUGCACAAGCCCCCCAAGGUGCAGGAGAAGUGCCAGCUGGAGAUCAGCUUCAACACCUUGCAGACCAAGCUGCGCAUCAGCAACCGGCCCGCCUUUAUGCCCUCUGAGGGAAAGAUGGUAUCUGACAUAGCCAGUGCAUGGCAGGGGCUGGAGGGGGCUGAGAAAGGUUAUGAGGAGUGGCUUCUGACCGAGAUCCGCAGGCUGGAGAGACUGGCCCACCUGGCUGAAAAGUUUUGCCAGAAAGCCACCACCCAUGAGACCUGGGCUAGUGGUAAAGAGCUGAUUUUAUCUCAGAAGGACUACGAGACAGCCACCCUGACGGAGGUUCGGGCGUUGCUAAGGAAACACGAGGCGUUUGAGAGUGACCUGGCUGCUCACCAGGACAGGGUGGAGCAGAUCGCUGCCAUCGCACAGGAGCUCAAUGAGCUGGACUAUCAUGGUGUGGCUGCUGUCAACCAGAGGUGUCAGAGCAUCUGUGAUCUGUGGGAUCAACUUGGUACAUUGACCCAGAAGAGGAGAGAGGCUUUAGAGAGGACAGAGAAGCUGCUGGAAACCAUUGAUCAGUUGUUCCUGGAGUUUGCCAAGAGAUCAGCACCUUUCAACAACUGGAUGGAAGGGGCUAUGGAGGAUCUGCAGGAUAUGUUUAUUGUACACACGAUCGAUGAGGUCCAGUGCCUGAUCUCCGCCCAUGAGCAGUUCAAGGCCACCCUCCCAGAGGCAGACAGAGAGAGACAGGCCAUCCUGGGGAUCCACAACGAGGUGCAGAAGAUCUCCCAGAGCUACGGCAUCAAGGCCAACCUCCUCAACCUCUACAGCACAAUCACCACAGAGGAGCUCCUCACCAAGUGGGACAAGGUGAAGAAGCUCGUUCCCCAGAGAGAAGGCUCCCUCCAGGAGGAGCUAGCCCGGCAGCAUACUAGCGAGAGCCUGAGACGGCAGUUUGCUACCCAGGCUAACCUCAUAGGACCCUGGAUACAGACAAGGAUGGAGGAGAUUGGGCGCUGCUCCCUGGAGGUGGGCGGUACCCUGGAGGACCAGAUGACCCAGCUGAAGCAGUUUGAGCACAUCAUCGUUACCUACAAGCCCAACAUCGACAAGCUGGAGGGAGACCACCAGCACAUCCAGGAAUCCCUGGUGUUUGACAACAAGCAUACCAACUACACCAUGGAGCACAUCCGUGUGGGCUGGGAGCUCCUCCUCACCACCAUCGCCCGCACCAUCAACGAGAUCGAGACCCAGAUCCUGACCCGUGACGCCAAGGGCAUCAGCCAAGAACAGAUGCACGAGUUCCGCUCCUCCUUCAACCAUUUUGACCGGAAGAAACAUGGGGCGAUGGACACUGAUGACUUUAGGGCCUGUCUGAUCUCCAUGGGUUAUGAUUUGGGUGAAGUAGAAUUUGCCCGUAUCAUGAUGCUGGUUGACCCCAGUGCCACUGGCAUGGUGUCUUUUCAAUCAUUUAUCGAUUUUAUGACCAGAGAAACUGCUGACACGGACACCGCCGAGCAGGUUGUGGCAUCCUUCAGGAUCCUGGCAGCCGAUAAGCCCUACAUCCUGGUUGAGGAGCUGAGGAGAGAGCUCCCCCCUGACCAGGCAGAGUACUGCAUCUUGAGGAUGCCCCGCUAUAGUGGCCCAGGGGGGUCCACAGGGGCGCUAGACUACACCGCCUUCUCCACUGCCCUCUAUGGAGAGAGUGACCUCUAACCCUGCAAGAUGAUGCCCAAAAGUGACCUCUUGACCCCACCCAAUACGUCUGGAGGAAAUUCCCUUUAACCAAACACGCUGUAAAUGCAAGGCGGUUACCUAUGUUAGAGUCACAAUAGGUAGAUAUAGUACAUCUCGCCACUUAUUGUAACACAAUAGUUUCCCUCAUAUGAGUUCUGCGGUGAAGUGAAGAUAGAAUAACAGUUUUUCUUAUCUGCUUUAAGGAAUAACAUGAUCAUAUAAGCUACAAUAGUUAGAUAGAAUAUAAUGUUUAUUGACAACAGUAAUAGCAGCAGUUGGAUAUGAAGCUAGAACAGACAAAUAGCAGGCUAAUAGUCAGCAUUUUCUCCUCAUCUUCUUUCAGUGCCUUAUUAGGAACUACUGCAUGAGUUCUAAUUGGGAAUAAGACAAACACAUCAAUGCCAGAUGUUGAACUGAUGCUUGCUUCCAGUGGGAUGUUGUUUAUGUAACCAAAAUGUACUUGUGGUAUAAUCAUAGCUCAUGUUUCCUGCUCCAUGCAAACUUUUCUCACAUCACAAUUUACCCAAUAUAUAUAUACACUGCUCAA